CGAAAACGCAAAACCACACAUUUGAAAAUAUGCCAAUUACAACUCUCUUUAUCAACUAGUCUCAACAAUUGUCACAAAGCGAUGCACAAAAACUCUUUCAAUGGUGAGAGGAGAACUCGCGGUAAUAGCGGCGGGUAAUGGUGAAGUCUCACUCUACAUUUGGGCAGCUGUUGUGGCUUUCUCCGUCAUAGCAGCCGUGAUUUUCUCAUGCAGUGACCGAGCUUCUAAACCUCACACUAACGACGAUGUCAAUGGAUCCAGUUGCGCCGCUGGCUGCGGUGGUGGUUGUGGAGGUUAAACGGGAAGCAUUUUUUGUUUACUUUAGUAACAUUUAAAGAUAAAACUAUUUUGGCUUCUUGCUUUAAUAAAAAAAGUUAAAGUGUGUAGAUAAUUUGUAGCCAAUGAAUGUAUUCUGCUUCUUGAAUUUAACAUUUUAGUGAUCUAGUUCGUUUUCU